AUGAUUGCUGUUCACGGAGGCGUAGGAUUUCGUGUGGAUCGCGCCCUAAGCACUGCUUGUGCCGAAGCCCUCCGUGAUGUCGAAUGUGAUGUCGUAUCUGCUGUUUCGUGCCUUGAAGACGAUCCUUCGUUCAAUUGUGGUCUUGGCUCGAAUCCAACCAUGGAAGGGACCACGGAGUGUGAGGCUGGCUUUAUGUCAUCCGAAGGAUUCCGCUUUGGAGCAGUAGGAGCAGUGUCGCGCUUGCAGAAUCCUUGUCAAGUUGCAAGAGCAGUGGCACUCACCAAAUCGUGCGAAGGCCUCAUCUCUCCGAUGGUUCUAGUAGGACCAAGAGCAGAGGACUGGGCACAAAGACAAGGCUUUCCUUUGUGUGACAGCAGUACCUUAUGCACUGAAAACACCCACCAAAUGUGGGUGAAAGCACGAAAGGCUCUUGAGAAGAGGGGAUCAAUAGCAGAAUCUAGGAUGGACACCGUUGGUGCUGUUUCUGUCAUUGAUGGCGUGGUAGAGGCGUGCACGUCCAGUGGGGGAGUUAUACUGAAGACGCCAGGUCGCUUGGGUCACUGCACUAUAUUUGGGAGCGGUAUGUGGGCAGAAAGACGCAAAAAUAGGUCUAUUGGCGUGAGUGUCAGCGGAUGCGGUGAGGCCCUCACAAGAGCCGACUUUUGUAGAUCGCUUGCGAAGAAACUGCUAGAUAGGAGUGAAGACGAGCUUCCAUCUGCAAUUGUUCACUCGUUUCUUGAAUCUGACUAUGUGAAUUCCGCAAUGAUGGCAACCAUAACACGUGAUCGAUUGUGUGCUGGGGGACUAGUACUCCUUCAAGAAGACGAUCACUGUGAACUGAUUGUGUUCCAUAAUACGCCAGUGUUUCCAUUUGCUUAUCGACAAGGAUCAGCUGUACGGAAACGUUUAUCGGAACUACCAAAAAGCUCACAGAUCUUGGUUGAUUCCUACUCAUGUUGA